CCUAAAUAGAGGCAAAAGUAGAUCUUUUUACACAUCUUCUUCAAUUUUACGAACCUCAAUUAUUGCAUUGCAAUUUGGAAGCGUCCUUUUUCUCUCAAGCGUCGUUGUUUCUAAAAUCCUCAGUACGGUUUUUAUCAUCACAAAGCAGAUCCAAUUGCAACACCUUCGUUCUUUUUCGUGCCGCUACUUCCAACUUUAUCUUUUUAUUUUUCCUAUCUUUAGCCUUUGACACCACCAAUAAUCAAAUAUUCGACCUAUUUCUAGUGCAACUUUCCUGCUCACGUAUACGACAUCUGAGGACCCGCUUCCGUCUAGAUUUACGGUAACGCUACCCACGAUUACUCAUUACAAGAGACUACCUCAAGACAUACUUCAGCUGAAGUACCCUUCAGAUUUUGCUACACUCUCUUGAUCAUAGUCCCCUCACAUCACAUUCGAAUCGGACCCUUUCAAUCAGAUCAGAUUGGUAUUAUCUUCUCCCGGGUUUUCCUUCGCAACCUUCGCCUCCCCACCCUCGCGAUACCACCUUUUUUACUCAUUUCUCCUCUUCGUCACUAAGAACCGUCACAUCUAAACUACAUACGCACAUCUUUCGAUUUCAAGAAUUUUCAUUAUGUCGUCGUACGCUGCCAGAUCCCACGCUCAAAAUGGCGGUGUUGAUCAGUACUCUCCGCCUCGCCACAAUGAGAACGGUAAUAAUUACAAUGGUGCCUACGGGCGAGAUGGUGCCCCUGCUUCCAAAUUUAUGACACCUAUCGAAAGUGUUUAUCAUCCACCAGCUCCUCACCGCCCAAAUAUUGCACCCGCGGAACAUACUUUACCUCAAUCUCGCUUCCAUCACGGAGAAAUUCCCCUCGGGCCUCAACAGAACACUACUUCCGAUUGGAACCCAACUGCUUCCCAUCCUUCGCGCCGUUCACCUUCACCUGCUGCUGGACACCCACGUUAUUGCUCUCCGCUACCUGAAUACCCUCGCGGUAGAGCUUCGCCUUCAUCUCCUCCCAUGUAUUACGACGCUGAAGGAAAUGAAAAGUAUCAUGCAAACGAUGCUUCAUUCUCCGCCCCCAAGCCUGUAUUUGUCGACCCUGCGCCCAGACCCGUAGUCAACGCUGGGAACGCAUCUUAUUUACAUGGUCAACCGAUGGGAAGCGACAAGACAAUGAGUGAGAAAGGUCCCAUCACCAACUUCCGGGACGCCGAUGGCCAGGACGUUUGGCGACGGAUUGGUCAUGAAAUAAAAACCAAACCGGAUGA